GGGACGCGGGAGUGUGGGGCUCUGGGCGAGCCGCGCGGCACGCCGAGCACGCUGGACGCCUGAGCUCGGCGCGGAGCCCGGAGCCCGGAGCCCGGAGCCCGGAGCCCGGAGCCGGCCGCCACCCGCCUCCUGUGCACUGGGCGGCAGUCCCGGCCGCGGCAGCCCGGCUCCCGGGGAGCGCGCCCCGCCAUGGAGCCUUCGCACAAAGACGCCGAGACGGCGGCAGCGGCGGCGGCGGUGGCUGCGGCGGCGGCAGCGGACCGGGGGACGUCCUCGUCCAGCGGGGUGGUGGUGCAGGUCCGCGAGAAGAAGGGCCCCCUGCGCGCCGCCAUCCCCUACAUGCCCUUCCCCGUGGCCGUCAUCUGUCUCUUCCUCAACACUUUCGUGCCUGGACUGGGGACGUUCGUCUCGGCCUUCACCGUGCUGUGUGGUGCCCGCACCGACCUCCCGGACAGGCACGUGUGCUGCGUCUUCUGGCUGAACAUCGCCGCGGCCCUCAUCCAGAUGCUCACGGCCAUCGUCAUGGUGGGCUGGAUCAUGAGCAUCUUCUGGGGCAUGGACAUGGUCAUCCUCGCCAGCAGUCCCUCUGGCCUCUGUUUUCAGACUGUUUUCUCUUUCUCUUUUUCUCCUCUUCCUCACGCUGCCUCAUACCCCUGUGUGGCUCCAAAGUUUCCCAAGGCUACAAGGAGCAGGGCAUCCCACAGCAGCUGUGAGCCCGGGCGAGCCACUGAGAAGCCCAGUGUCCAGGAGGGCCACGUCAGGCUGAGGCGGGCACGGGGUCUUCACAUGUUCUCUUCUGCCGCUUCCCGGGUUUGGAGUGGAAAGAGGGGACUUAAACAUAUUAUUGAUUUUGAAAACGCAUCUGCUUUUCUCAGCAGGCUCUAAGGGCUACCAGCUCCUCCCGCUGCUCCAGAGAGCCCUGUAGUGCAGACACCCAGAGCAUCUGGGUUGGCUGGGAUGGAGAUGGGAAUGCCUAGAGAGAGGCAGGAGCGCCCCGGCUCGGCCCGCGUCGCGUCACCCGCUGCCCACUGCGAGGGCGCGAGGGGCCGCCGGUCCAGGCAGCAGCGGCCCCGUCCAGACGAGCAGGGCUCGUCAAGGGGCAGGACUGCCAUGGACACCUCUUCCGGGUCCCCAGCCCCUGCCAGAUUGGUCUCCUGUGGGCAGCAGGAGUGAGGAUGGACAGACUCUGGCCCAGCGUGGAAAGGCCCGCUGUGCCCUCGGCUGUCAGGGGGACAGAUCCCUGCAGGUGUCUGCUGACCCUAAUCGCAGCCCUCACCUCCUCGCCCCUGAAAUCUCCAGGCCUGGGUGUGUUUGACCUUUGUUUCCCUGGGAAGGAGGGCAGUGGCUCCAUUCCUGGGGCGAAACUGCUGGAACUGCCAGAUGUUCAUACACAGAUUUACCAACCCGGGUUUGCAUGGGCAGCCUUUCCCAUUAUACUUAACACCAUUUGGGGUCCACUCUCCUUUUUCUGAAAUCCCUGGGGCCAAAUGGGUCUCUGACAUGACAAAUUAUGGAUCUGAGGAGGAGAAUAAGAGCUAUUUGCCAUACAUUUCCUUACAGCCCGGCAGAGUCUGGAACAGCUCACCACCAUCAAACACGUGACCAUUUCUGCAGAGAAACAUGUGAAUAGUCAGACUAAUUAGGAUCAAUAAAACUGUAAAUAGCCUUACCUCAGUACAGGUCAGAUUUUGCCACUAAAUAAGCUAU